UCCGUCGCUGUAGUUACGCGCAGCUUCCUGCAGGAAUGAAACUGCACUGAUGCUGUAGAUCUGCCGAAGCUGACAUGGAGAGGAGAAUAGAGUUGCCACCAUUGGGUCCUGAUGAUUUGCCCUUGCAUCUGCUGGAGGUGGGCUGCUCUGGGAAUUUUGAGCUCAUUACACAUCCACUGCCCAAACACAUGACAAUACCUCCACUGAGCACGCUUCCCCAUGGCUUGCCCCCUGUAUGCCUGGAUUUAAAAGCAGAGGUGGAGAAACGUUUCCUCAGAGAUCCUGGUUGGCUUCCUAUAUAUGAUGUAGACGACGCCUUUCAGGACUUUACCAAGGUAUGCAAAAGAGAGGUAGAUGUGGAUUCGCUUUUCAACGCUCCUCUGUGUCCAGUGCACGCUGAGCUGUCUGUGGUGAGAGACCCCACUACUGGAAUGCUACUGGAUUUCAAAGAGGUGCUGAUAGAAGACACAGGGUUGUCUGCGAAAAAUUCGCUCUCAUUAAAAAGACAACCAGGACCUCCGUCAGAGAGCCUGAGAGGGAGUAACACAAACUACCCGUUUUUGCCAGCUGGAAUGGAAGAACUGACACUGGAGCAGAUAAUGAAGAAGUCAGGGCUGGAGGAGGACAUUGACUUUGAAAACAACCUGUUGGUUGUUGCUCCUGGAAUGAAGGGUGGCAUGGACUUCAGUACUAAAGAGGCCAAAACAACAAAGGGUGAGGUGAAUCUUAUGUCACUUCUGGAAACGUUGGAUGACAUCAUUGACACACCACUGGAGGAGAAAGAAGUCCCACAACAAGAAGAACCCACUAAACUUCCCAGAACCAACAGUCUGGAGGAUCUGGGAAUUAUAAUUCCACGCCCCUCUACUUCUCAACCUAAAGCGAACACACCAGAUGAAGAUAAGGGAGACAAAAAAUGGGCAAUUCCUCUGGAUGUCGCCUCACCUUGUGACGAUUUCUACAAACGGAUACCUGAUCCGGCCUUUAAGUAUCCCUUUGAGCUGGACGUGUUUCAAAAGCAGGCUAUACUCCGACUGGAGGCACAUGAGUCUGUCUUCGUUGCGGCCCACACAUCGGCUGGCAAAACGGUAGUGGCUGAAUAUGCGGUCGCACUUUCCCAGAAACACAUGACUAGGACCAUCUACACGUCCCCCAUUAAGGCCUUGUCCAAUCAGAAGUUUCGGGACUUUAAGAACACAUUUGGUGAUGUGGGGCUUUUGACUGGAGAUGUCCAGCUCAACCCUGAAGGCUCUUGUCUUAUCAUGACCACUGAAAUUUUGAGGUCUAUGCUCUAUAAUGGGUCUGAGGUCAUUCGAGACCUGGAGUGGGUCAUUUUCGAUGAGGUUCACUACAUUAAUGAUGCAGAGAGGGGAGUGGUGUGGGAAGAAGUGCUCAUCAUGUUGCCAGAUCAUGUUAGCAUCAUCCUGCUGAGUGCUACAGUGCCAAACGCUGUGGAGUUCAGUGAAUGGAUUGGUCGUAUUAAGAAGCGACACAUCUAUGUGAUCAGCACACUUAAGCGGCCCGUCCCUCUGGAGCACUACCUGUAUACCGGCAACAGCACCAAAACUCAGAAAGAACUCUUCUUGUUGCAGGAUGCCACUGGAAACUUCCUCACAAAGGGCUACUAUGCUGCAGUGGAUGCCAAAAAGGAGCGCACCAGUAAACAUGCGCAAUCUUUCGGCGCAAGGAAUGCAUCGCACAACACAACAGCAAGUCAGGAUCGGGCAGUUUGGCAGACGCUGCUGAACUUUCUGUCCCAGCGGCAGCAGACUCCUGUGGUGGCAUUCACAUUCUCACGGACGCGCUGUGACGAAAACGCCCGCUCGCUGAACUCUCUGGAUCUGACCACCUCUAUAGAGAAGAGCGAGAUCCACUCCUUCCUCCAGAAGAGUCUGAGCAGGUUGAGAGGAAGUGAUCGCCAGCUGCCGCAGAUCCUGUUAAUGCGGGACUUGCUGAAAAGAGGGAUUGGUGUUCACCACAGUGGCAUCUUGCCAAUCCUGAAGGAGGUUAUAGAGAUGCUCUUCUCACGAGGUUUAGUGAAGGUCCUGUUUGCGACAGAGACAUUUGCCAUGGGCGUGAACAUGCCUGCCAGAACUGUUGUGUUUGACACCAUCCGAAAACACGACGGCACUGGUUUCAGAAACCUCCUUCCUGGUGAGUAUAUUCAGAUGGCGGGCCGGGCAGGCAGGAGAGGUUUGGAUGCUACAGGGACUGUUAUCAUCCUCUGCAAGGCUGGUGUUCAUGAAAUGGGAGAUCUUCAUGCAAUGAUGCUGGGGAAACCGACAUUGCUGCAGUCUCAGUUCAGACUGACUUACACAAUGAUCUUGAACCUGCUCCGCGUUGAAGCCCUGAGGGUCACGGACAUGAUGAAGAGAAGCUUUUCUGAGAACCACAGAGAUACACAGACGCAUGAGAAGAGAAUAAGCGAGCUGAAAAAGGCACUCUCAUCUCUUCCUCCACUGGACACAGAAGGACAGUUAUCUGAUAUACUGCCAUAUUACCACACCAUCACAGAGAUGCGCUACACAACAGAGACCCUGCAGCAAGCUGUCCUGGAAUCAGUGAAUGGACUCAAAGCUCUGUCUGUUGGGAGAGUGGUGGUGGUAAACAACGAUCAGCACCACAACGCCCUGGGAGUCAUUCUGCAGGUGUCCAGUGAUGCUGUAAAUCGCACCUUCACCACUCUUAUUAUCUGUGAGAAGGGGAACGAGGAGCCUGCAGAAAAUCAGUCGAAUAAAUCCUCAGCUUACAUCUACAGCUCUGCACUGUUUAUUCCAGAGGGACCGUGCAGCCAUACAGUGCAGAAACUGAAGUUGUCGUCCAUCUCUGCCAUCACAACCAAAACCCUCAAAGUCAUUCCAGAGAGAAUCAUUGACAACUACAACAAAAGACAACAGCCACGCUUCAGACUUGAUCCACCAGGUCAGGCCAUUUCUACAGCAACCCAAGAGCUCCUGCGUUUAGCGGAGGCCAAUCCAGAUGGCAUAGCGACUCUUGACCCUGUGAAUGACCUGCACCUAAAGGGGGUAGAUGUGGUGGAGGGGGUGAUGAGACAGCGAGUGUUACAGGACAGCCUGAAAAACUUCCACUGCAUCCACUCACCCACCUUCACUGAACAGUUCGCCCGUGUGCAAGAAAGGAUGAGUGUGCAGGAUGAGCUGGACAAACUUCUCUUCCUGGUGUCUGAUCAGUCAUUGACUCUACUGCCUGAGUACCAUCAGAGAAUUAAGGUGUUGGAAGCUCUGAAAUAUGUGGAUAGCACUGGGGCGGUUCAGCUGAAGGGACGUGUGGCGUGUCAGAUCAGCAGUCAUGAACUCUUACUGACCGAACUACUGUUUGAAAACACCUUGAGUCCUCUGGCCCCAGAGGAGAGCGCCGCCCUGCUGUCCUGCCUUGUCUUUACACAAAAAACCCAAAUAGAUCCACACAUCCCCAACACUUUACAAGAGGGCAUCAAUCAAGUGCUUUCUGUGGCACAGCGUAUUGGUGAGCUACAGAUGGAUUGUGGGAUAGGUCAGACCGCUGAAGACUUUGUGUCCCAGUUCAAAUUUGGCCUGACUGAGGUUGUGUACUGCUGGGCAAGAGGCAUGCCAUUUGCAGAGAUCGCCGAGCUGACAGAUGUGCAGGAGGGGACGAUCAUUCGCUGCAUCCAGAGGCUGGAUGAGGUCCUGAAGGAAGUGAGACAGGCCGCUCGUAUCGUCGGUGACUCUGUACUCGGCAGCAAGAUGGAAAAAGCUUCGCUGGCCAUUCGUAGAGACAUUGUGUUCACUGCCUCGCUCUACACACACUGAGGAGGAAAGAUGCAGAGUGUGUGUGGAUUAGUAUGAAAUGGGAGUGUACAGAAUAUGUACUUGCAUUACUGAGUGCAUGUUUACAUUAUAAGGUGUGUAUGCAUGUACAGUACGAAUGAAGGAUUAAUUCACUCCAAAGUUGUGAACUUAAUCUGAAAUGGAAGUUGACAUCAAUCAUGGAUUGUAAAGCAAUCAUACAGCAAUAAAAUAAGCUUUAUAUCAUGAACACCACAUGAAAA